CCUGGUCACAAGGUGUGGGUCACAAUGUCGCUGGGCAUUCAGUUCCUGACUAUCCUCCUUCUCUGUGAGCGACCAUUAAUGGCCUCUGCCUCUGAGUAUAGGCUCUGCGAGUCAUACCUGGAUUCCGCUGAGCUGUACCACUUUGGAUUCCACUGCCCACGGCUCAACGAAGACCAGAAACACGCUUACUGCUGCCACCGGAGUAACCGGACCCUGAAAUACUGCUGCAAUCAGGCAGAGUUCCAGAACAUGACUGGAAUUAACCCCACACUGCCCUCCUUGUACGCUAAGUAUGGAUCACUAAGUACAGUCUGUCUAUAUGGGCUCUGCUUGGCAGUGCUGCUGGUGACUGACAUGCUGUACUACUGCACGCUGAACAGGACCAGCCUUGGUAGACACCUCACCCGCUGCUGUCCGUGCGGAUGCCCCGAAUGUUGCAGCAUUCGGAAGAGCAGGAAGUGCAUCUCAGAAACAUGACGUGAUCCAAUGGGCCAAUGAUCAACGGAGUGUCUUGGAAGUCUGUUUAGGUUCCUCUAUCAUUGGACGUGUCUGCUCUCUGGACUCGGUGUGUGUUUAGUAGCAACUUUAAAAUAGCCUGAAAGUACCUAUGUUCAGAGCCAGCAUCCAUUUCCAAAUAAUAUGAAGCUCUCAUGAGUGUCUCAUUGUGUACUGAAUAGCCCCUGAA